AUGAAGCGGGGUCGGCCGGCAGUGGCGCCCUCCCUGGCGCGGGAGAAGCGGGAGAAGGGUGAGAAGGCCGCGAGAUCGCCACAGCAGCUGCCUCCCCCGCGGCUCUUCGUGGAGCUUGGCAAGGAGCUGAGCUUCUAUGUGCCUCCCUGCCAGGAUGGUGCUCGGCUCCGGUCCCUUGUGAGGGACGGGGGUGGGCUCCUCGCAGAGGAGCCCCAUGACCAGGCGAUCAACAUCAUCCCGGAUGGGUCGGUGCCCGCCGGGGAGCGCUCGGCGGUCUCCUCGCGGUUCAUCACCGACUCGGUGGAGAAGGGGCAGCUGCAGAAGCUGCAGGACUACACCGUCCGACCCAAGGAGAAGAGCCGGAAGGCCCCAAGCAGCGGAGGCAUCUUCGGGUCCAAGGAGGCCAAAGAAGCCAAAGAGGCCAAGGAAGCCAAGGGGAAGGCGGAGAGGAAGAAGUUCACGGCGGAGGACGACGCGGCGCUGGUGAAGUGGGUGAAGUCCAACCCAGGGCUCCGGCCCCAGGGCCGCGAGCUCUGGGAGCGGGCGCAGCGCCAGAAGAUCACGAAGCACAGCUGGCAGUCGAUGCACAACCGCUACCGGAGGCACAUCUCCGACAAGAAGGCCAUGGAGAAGCCUGGGGCCCUGGCCGUGGCCCUCGAGAGGGAGAAAGAGAAGGCCGACGCGAAGCCCUCGAAGCCCGCGAAGGCCGUCCCAGAGGAGGCGAGGCCCGCUGCGCGGAAGUCGGAGCCGGUGGCCCAGGACGUCUCCAACCGUGGCGGAUGGCCGGAGGACCACCUCUGGGCUGUACCUCCCUGGCUGCUGAAGACACAGAAGACAACGGGCCCCCUCCCUGACCUCUCCGACUUGUGA